UUCGGCACACUAAACAGCUGUUUUUGCGUUUUCUUCGGUUUUCCUUUUGUUCCGAUAGUGCAAUUAAAAGGCUUAAAUAUAGGACAAAAAAAACGCUAAUAAUAAAACCGCUAGUUACUCUUGUUUUUCAGUAUUAGAAUUUAAUUUCUAUUGUUAAAUAGUGUAUACCGGAUAUGGGGAGUUAUUUUUCGCGUAUUAUGCGGGUUCUUGGCAUAUGAGAAGUUUUGUUUAUGCCUGAAAAAAAAACAAAGAAAGCGAAGCUGACGAAUCAUUUUCGAGUAUUGAUAAUCUGUAACUGCCGAUCUAUAACUAGAAUGGCUUUGCUCCAGUUUUAAAAUCUAGUUUUUGGUACAUAGCGUCUAUUUACGUUUGCAAACAAGUCAAGUCAUGAGCUAAGUUUAGUAAAACCAACUUCACCAUGUCUCAUAUGGAUCCAAGUGAUGUCCGUAGUACCGCCCAGCUGAUUUUAGCCAAUGCGAGGCAGGGCAACAGCGCCUACAACAUGCCAUAUGAUAUGUCGCGAGCACAUUCCAUCAACCUGAUUACGGAGGACUUCCUGGCCGGAUAUAUGCAGGAUGGUAGGAUGUCCGUGGUUCGGAGAUUUUUCUGCCUCUUUGUCACAUUCGACUUGGUUUUCGUUUCAUUGCUCUGGCUCAUUUGCAUUGUGAUCAACGGCGACAAUAUAUUCAAUGCCUUCCACAAACAGAUCGUGGAGUACACCAUCUACAAAUCGCUCUUCGAUGUUGUGGCCAUCGCCAUCUGCCGAUUCGUCGUUCUUAUUUUUUUCUACGCCAUAUUGUACAUCAAUCAUUGGUCUGUCAUUGCGCUCUCUACUAGCGGGUCCUGUUUGUUCCUCAUAUCCAAGGUGUUUGUAUUCGAUUGGCUAGAAUCCAAGCAACAAGUGUUUGAGGUCGUCCUAAUAAUAACCUCAUUUAUACUGGCUUGGGGAGAGGCAUGGUUCCUGGAUUGUCGUGUAAUUCCCCAGGAGCGGCAUGCCCAACACUAUUUUCGAACUAUGACCUCUAAUGAUCGCACGCCAAUGGAACAGCCGGCCAUUUUGAUAGAGCAUGAACGGACCUCGCAAAGUGUUACUAAUUUUUAUUCACCCAUGGACACGGCUCAUCACUCUGACGAGGAGGAAGAGGAGGAUGAGGAGUACACCCAAAUGGGAUUGGAUUGCCUGCGAAAGGCCUUUGAGAUCAUCGAGUCCAGUGACUGGAAGAUGGAGAAGGUUACCCAAAAGGGCGACACCAUUCACAGCACUCAGCGGGACAAGAUUGGGAAGAUUUACAAGCUGACGGCUCGCAUCAAGUAUCCUGCUAAGGCGCUGAUGGAAGAUCUAUUCUAUCGCAUUGAAGACUGUCCCAAAUGGAAUCCUGCUCUUCUAGAGUCGAAAAUAGUGCGAAAAGUCAACUCCUACACCGAUAUAACCUAUCAGGUCUCUGUUGGCGGAGGAGGUGGUAUGGUGAAAAGCCGGGACUUUGUCAACCUACGGUCUUGUCGACUCUUUUAUAAUGGAAAAAUCUGCGAUGACGAUGAGGCGGCAGAACUCAGCAGCGAUGAUGGCAACAGCAGUCUGAAUCGCUCCUGUGAAGGCAGUGUUAGCACGAUUUCGGAUGCGGACUCGCACACACCGUUGCUGCCCAGCAGCGUAUCCAGUUGCAAGGCCACAUUUCCCAGUUCAUCCAAGGGAGCCACAACUCCCUUCGACACGCUGGGCAACAGCUUGGGCGCCAAGAGCUUGGGUCCCAUUGUCAACUUUGAGGAAGAACCACCGCCGCUGGAUCAAGACGAGUUCCAGGAUGCCAAGGACAAGGUCGAAGGCGAAACCGAAACCAUUACAAAACCAAAUGUACCCAGCGUGGGCAAAACCAAGGAUAAAGUUUGGGUUACCUCUGCGAUUAGUGUGCAAUAUGCGGGGGUUCCACCCUCAUCCAAAUACACAAGAGGUCAGAACAUUGUCAGCGGGUUUGCCUUUCGUGAAAUCGUUGGCAAGUCGGAUAGCUGCAUCGUAGAAUGGGUGCUUUGUUUGGAUCUAAAGGGCUAUAUUCCUCGCUAUGUCCUGGAUGCAGCCCUCACCUCAUCCAUGACCGAUUAUAUAACAAAUCUGCGCAAGCAUGUCAACGAACUGAGGCAUCGGGGACGUGGCCGAGAAGCUAGGACCCACUAGGAAAUCAGCAAACUGUAUUUUUAAUUUUAAUCCCAUUGUAUCUCAAGCGAGUGCUGUUCGCAUCCAGGUAUCUACUAGAAUAUUUCAAUAAUUUUGAAACAGAUGAGCGAGUUCAGUGCUGUAAGUUUAUUGAGUAUUGUAUGUAUAUGUAUGGCAUAAGUUCUAUGUACCUAUAUGCACGGCUUACACUAUAAAUUUUAUACAUGACUUUUCUAA